AACGUUUUUUGAAAAAAAUGAAGUGAUCAACUUGCAUGAAAACGAGGCUGAGGUGGAAAUCCGCCGCCAUUUUGGUAAAAAUAUUUCCGUGGAUGGAGGCAGUGGUCUGCGUAGUCAACAUUGGAGAAGAAUUUGGUCACAUAUUUCCUGAAAUUCCGCUGCGUUUGCAGUUCCAGAGGUUGCUGGGGAGUGAUACAGUGAGAGUACUUUGCUGAAACCAGAAGACCCUCGGGCAAGGACAGGAAGGGUGGACCUGACGGGAAAGAUGUCGUUCCCUCCCCCCAUGAACCGUCCCCCUGGCAUGGGCAUGCCCCCCAUGCCUCCUGGUAUGCCCCCACCAGCUCAUUUUGGAGCAUUUAACCCCCUGCCGCCAGAUCAGAGGAUGAGGGGGGUCAUCAGCCCUGGUGUCACAUCUCACGCCAUGUUGCCCCUUGCAGGUUCUCCCCACAUCGUAACCGCUAGCGGAGCCAUCAGGCCAAUGACUUUGCAGGCCAUACGUCCAGGUCCCCCGAUGGUUGCGCCAAUGGGCAUGGUGCCUGGAGCACCCACCCUUCUCCCAAGACCAGCAAUGCCUGUCAUGCCUGUCAAGCCUGUUCAACAGCCACAGCAGAUCGACAAGAAAGAGGCAGACAAGAAGGAAGAAAAACCAAAGGAGUCUGAUGGUGAGGAGGAGGAGGGUGAGGCACUGCCUUCCACCACCGUGUUUGUGGGCAACAUAACGGACAGAGCCACAGAUGUACUCAUCAGACAGAUGCUGAUGAAAUGUGGAACUGUCCUGAGCUGGAAGAGAGUCCAGGGGGCCACUGGGAAGCUGCAAGGUACUACCAAAUCCUUCGGAUUUUGCGAGUACGCUGAACCAGAGUCCACCCUGAGGGCCCUACGGCUGCUGCACGACUGGCAGCUGGGCGACAAGAAACUGCUGGUGAAAGUGGACGCCAAGACUCGGGCGGUCCUGGAUGAGUACAUGGGCAAGAAGAAGGCUGCAAAGGGAAACUCAGGGGACAAGGACACUGAUGAACUUGAUGAGGAGACUAUAAGACAAGAUAACUUUGCCAUGGAGCAGCUUGAGCAGCUGAAGAGAGAACACAACACAGAGCUAAACACACCUAUCCCUGAUGACAGGCCAAGCAAAGGGAAGAAGGAAGGCCUCCUUGGAGACAAGCCCAAAGCUAAGCAGAAGAAGGAGGACAAAAAAGAAGAGGCAAUAGACGACCUAGAGGACAUGGAGGUUGAUGAAGAGAAACGUAAUCUGAUCACCAAAGAGAUUCGGAGUUUCCGUGAAGCUCACAAGAACGAUGAAGAAAAGGAGAAAGAAAGAGACAAAGAACGGAAGGAGAGGGAGAGAGAGCGAGAGAAAGAACGGGAACGACGAGAGCGGGAGAGGGAGAAGGAAAGGGAGCGGGAGAGAGAAAGGGAGAGGGAAGAGGAACGGCGCCGGAAAGAGCGGGAGCGCGAGCGUGAAAAGGAACGAGAAAGAGAGAGGUACUACAUAAACAGGAGGGAAAGGGAGAGGGAAAGUAGUAGCCGCAGGGAACGGGAGAGAAUGGACCGCGAACGGGAGUACGAUAGAGAGCGACGCGAGCGGGACCGUGAAAAGGAAAGAGAAGAAGAGGAGGAAGCAUACGAGAGGCGUAAACUGGAGAGAAAGCUGAGGGAGAAAGAGCUGGCCUAUCAGGAGCGACUGAAAGCCUGGGAGACGCGAGAGAGACGGAAAACUCGGGAGUACGACAAGGAAAACGAGAGAGAAGAAGACAGGAAGAAAGAAAUGAUCAAAGAAGCCAAGCGACUGAAGGAGUUCCUGGAGGACUAUGACGAUGAGAGAGACGACCCUAAAUACUACAAAUACUUGUAUCGUGGCCUUGGCUUGCUCAAACAGAGAGCAGUAUGGAGUGAUAAUUGUGUGAGGGGCAGUGCUUUACAGAAGAGAUUAAAAGAGAGGCAGAAAGAGAUUGAGCUGGAUGAGAUGGACAGAAGGAAAGAGAAGGAGGAGAUAGAAGAAAUCCGACGACGCCUGAUGGAAGAAGGACACCCUGACCCACAGGCAGAAGUUGAAAGAUUGGAAAGGGAGACAGAAAAGCACAAAGAGCCACAGUUGAAAACUGAACCUCCAGAGCCUUCACCACGAGAGACCAAACCUCACCUGGAACCAACACUCAAACCAGCAUUCCCACCUAUACAGGUGAAGGCAGCUCCGUCCGUGUCCUCCCAAGACUCCCCCAUGGCAGCCUCAGGAGGGGAGUCUCCAGCCGGGAUCAUCUUCCCCUCCGCUCCCAAACCAGACUCGCCCCCGGACGAGUCCUCUCAGGACAGCUUCGCACCAGUCCAGGGACCAGAACCCCCUCCCGCAAACCAGAAACCCAAGAUCGGAUUUGGUCUCAAGUUUGUUGCAGCUCCAGCCACCAGCAGCCCUGCUCAGGCCCCGCCCAAGAGGAAGAUUCCCAUCGGCCAGGUCUUCAGCAAUGACGACGAGGACGGCACAGAUGACGGGCCCAAGAAGCGGAAGCUGAUCCCCAUCGAGUACACCGAGGAGGAGAAGAUGGCCGUGAGCCACGUGCCGACAGCCAUGUCCUCCACAGAGGAGAAGAGGAAGAGCAUCAAGAACUUGAUCGAGAAGAUCCCCACGGCUAAGGAUGAGCUGUUUGCCUACAGCCUGGACUGGUCGCAGGUCGAUCAGGGGCUGAUGGAGAAGAGAGUCAAGCCCUGGAUCAACAAGAAGAUUGUGGAGUACAUCGGAGAGGAGGAACCCACACUUACAGAGUUCAUCUGUCAAAAGGUGAUGGCACAUAGCGUACCCAAAAGCAUUCUCGAAGAUGUUGCAAUGGUUUUGGAUGAAGAGGCAGAAGUUUUUGUCGUCAAAAUGUGGAGGCUACUCAUCUACGAGACAGAAGCAAAGAAGCAUGGCCUCGUGAAGUAGCUGUGAUAGGGUGGGGGAGAAUAUUUUAGAGUCUGACAUGUAAAUAUAAUGGUACAAUUGGUUACAUUUACUUUUUCCAAUGCUUGUAGACUACCGGUAACUCAGACUGGCAUGUAAAAUAGCCUUACUCUCUACUACUCUGGACCUCUCUGCUUUUAAUGUUGGGAAUAAAGUGUCAUGUAGCAAGGACAGAAGUUGAAAUUUCACAUUUAGUAUGGGGGAUAGAUGCAUAUGUGAAGGACACAAAAGAAACCCGGUCUCAUUUCGGCCUUCUGCAAAGACGGGUUUCAGAGUUACUCUCUCCUCUUAUUGUCAGCAGGCUGAAAAUUGCCUCAUCUGAACAUUCACAUGUAUGUAAGAAUGAUGGAAAGCUUGUCUACUAGGCUUGUUUCAUGCCCUUGUAAUAUAGUGAUGGCCUUUCCAAUGAGAAAUCCUGAAACAAUUCUGCAGCAGUACUGUGCCCAGCUGAUAGGAGGCUCUUCAUGCUUUGCUUGUCACUCAUGCACACAGACCCUUCUGAUGGUCUUUACUUUUAAAACGUUUUAUUUUUCUCCUAGAGUCAAGUCACAAGUGCUGUUAUCUGUGAAGCAAAUGCUGUUGUAGAAAUUAGGUAACGCAAGGAAUACAGUGUAGCUCUCCUCUGUGACAUAUUCAGACAUUAGGGUGUCGAGUUGUUUCUAAGGAUGGCAUCCUCUAAGGGUCAUGCAUGUUUGAACAAAAAGGAAUAAAAAGGUUGCAAUAAAAGUUUACAGAUCCUGCACAACAUGUCUCGGCGGUCAGAACAUGUCUCAGGGGUCAAGGUUUCCCCUCUCCUGCAGGAUAAAUGAUCAGAAAGCAAUGCAGACAUGGACGCCAUCAGUAGAAAUGGCCUGAGACACCCUUACAAGUAUUAACAUCUGCACAACCAAAGUACUGUGCUGGCUAUGCUAACAGUCAGGAAGUUUCCACCAUGUGGAAAAGAAUGAAGUGUUAAGUGGAGGAAUCCAGAAUUAAACUCUGCAGUUUAUACC